AUGACUAGUGUUAACGCCGGCGUUUGUGACAUUAAAAAAGAAUACGUUCUCAAGAAGGAAGAAAAAAUUGUUAGUGAAGAUGGUGUGAAUAAAAGAAAAAUAAGCGAAAACGAUGAGUUUGAAGCCAAGAAAACUCGAACUGAAAAUAAUAAAGAAGAAGGGAGUAGAUGUAAGAGAAAAGGACAAAAUAAAGCCAGACCGAAAACUUUUCAAGAUGAUAAACAAAAUAAACCAUGUCCUAGCAUAGUCAAUUUAAUAUCCAAAGAUGAGCUUAAGCCAUGUCAGUUUAAUAAUUGUAAAUAUAUCCAUGAUCCCCUAGAUUACAUCAAAUCAAAAUUACCUGAUUUGGAAAAAGAUUGUCAUUUGUAUAAUACUAGAGGUAGAUGUCCCAGAGGGAUAUCUUGUCGCUUUGGUUCCUCUCACAUUACAGAAGAGGGUUUUAAUAUAGUUGAUGAAGAAAAGGCCUCAAAAUGGAAAGAAGAUACCAAAAAUACAUUACAACACAGCACACAAAUUCUCUUACAAAAACGAAAAUAUGACUUCUCUCUUUCAGAAAAUCUAGUCAAAUCUUUGGACAUUAGGAAAAAAAAGCAAAUAAAUAAUCCCAGUAAUGAUUCUAUAAAUUCAGAGGAAUUAAAUGAAGACAAUCACAAAAUUGGGCCAGUUCUUGAUGAAGAUAUAGUGAAAUUAUUACCUAGAGAAAGAAAAAAAAUUGACUGGACAGAUAAAUUAUAUCUAAGUCCCUUAACAACGGUAGGUAAUCUACCUUUUCGAAGAAUUUGCAAAGAAUAUGGAGCAGACAUCACAUGUGGUGAAAUGGCAUUAUGUGAAUCACUUCUUAAAGGCAUGAAACAGGAAUGGGCUUUAGUGAAGCGACAUGAGUCUGAGGAUUUAUUUGGAGCCCAAAUAUGUGGUAAUAAUGCUUAUGCGAUUGCCAAAGUUUCACAGUUACUAAAGGAAAACACUGAACUUGAUUUCAUUGAUCUAAAUUUAGGUUGCCCGAUAGAUUUGGUGUAUAAAAAAGGAGGUGGAAGUGGGAUGAUGCAUAGAAUUCCAGCUUUAGAAUUAUCAGUUAAAAGUGCCUCACAAAUCCUUGAUAUUCCAUUUACUAUAAAAAUGAGAACUGGAGUUUACCAGGAUAAAAAAAUUGCUCACACUAUUAUUCCAAAAGUAGUAGAUUGGGGUGCUUCUCUUAUAACAUUGCAUGGUCGAUCUAGAGAAGCUAGAUAUACCAGAUUAGCUGAUUGGGAAUAUAUAGAAACUUGUGCAAAAGCUGCCUCGCCAUGCCCAGUUUAUGGAAAUGGAGAUAUUCUUAGUUAUGAAGAUUAUGUAAACAGUAGAAAGACAGCUCCAAGUAUCCAAGGAGUCAUGAUAGGUAGGGGUGCCCUCAUAAAACCAUGGAUAUUCAAUGAAAUAAAAGAACAAAAGCUUUAUGACAUAAGUAGUCAUGAAAGAUUUGAAAUUAUUAAAAAAUUUACAAAAUUUGGUUUGGAGCAUUGGGGCUCUGAUACGCAAGGUGUCGAGAAUACACGUAGAUUUCUUUUAGAAUGGCUUUCAUUUUUAUACAGAUAUAUACCAGUUGGAUUACUUGAAAGACCACCACAAAAAAUUAAUGAACGGCCUCCUUUAUACUUUGGCCGUAAUGACUUAGAAACUUUAAUGGCAUCUGGAAAUUGUGCUGACUGGGUAAAAAUAAGUGAAAUGGUACUUGGUCCAGUACCUGAUGGAUUUAAAUUUCUACCUAAACAUAAAGCUAAUUCCUAUUAA